UAUAUAUAUAUAUAUAUAUAUAUAUCCUCACUUGGCCUCCCUUUUUUCAUUCAUUCAUUCAUUCUUUCUUUCUUUUUCUUUCCUCCUCCCUUUUCAGUCACCAACCAAAAAUGGUAACUCAUUAUAGCAAAUUAAUUAGCAACUUACAAGUUCCAAGUACUUCUUUGUUCUUUCAUUGAAGUUGAUGAGAAUGAAACAUGAUGAAUUUUGUACUUAAAUUUCAACUUCAUUCUUGUUGUUUUCAACAGGUUAUGGUUCAUGACAAUGAUGAUAAAGAUGGUACGGAUUUGGUGGAUUUUCGUGGAAAUCCAGUUGAUAAAUCAAAAACUGGUGGAUGGCUUGCAGCAGGCCUCAUCUUAGGAAGCGAGCUAUCAGAGAGGAUAGUUGUGAUGGGAAUAUCCAUGAAUUUGGUGACAUAUUUGGUGGGAAUUCUGCAUCUUUCGUCUUCAAAAUCAGCAAACACAGUGAGCAACUUCAUGGGUGUUCUCAAUCUUCUUGGCCUUCUUGGUGGCUUCUUGGCUGAUGCUAGGCUUGGCCGUUUCCUCACCGUUGCAAUCUCUGCUUCCGUUUGUGCCUUGGUAAUAAUUUUAUUAAUUAAUUCCUUUAUAUAUGAAUUCAAUUUGUUAAACUUGAUGGACCUUUAAGGUGACCACGUAAUGAUUUUAAUUUUAUUGUACCCCCCCAAAAAAAAAUAAAAAUUCUAAACUUCUUCGUAACGUUUUUUUUGGCAGGAAUUCCAAACUUAUUUAAUGAUGAUUUUUUUUUAAUUUUUAAUUUUUUUUUGCAAGAAAUACAACAAGAGGAUGCUAAGACUAAUUAAUUUUACUUCUUAAGUCCCAAAUAAAUAUUGAACUUGGUUAAAUUUAAAAUAUUGGAGGAUUACUUCUCCGUUUUAAAAUUAAGUUAUAUGUUUUGUUGAAUUAAAAUCAAGAUUAUGUCAUUAGAUUUUUAUUCACGACGGAAAAGAAUAUUUUAAUUUUUGGAACCGACUAUAUGAAAAUACAAUAUAUAGACUUUACUUAACGUGCAAUAACUUAGAAGCAAACCUGAGAUACGAGAAAAGUAGAAAAAGGAAAUUGGAAAGAAUGAUUGGAGUAUUUUGUAAUUGUAAUUGUCGGCAGGGUUUUGAAACUUUUGGAUAUGUUUUUGAUGAGAUUUUCAUUUUUCUUCUCCUUUCAUUUCUUGCCCUUUCCGUGCUGCUUCCUUAUAUAUAACGGUUGCGUGAGCUUACAGAAAUCUACCACCGACUUAAAUGAAUAUCAUGUUUUUGAACUUCACUUUUAAUUUAAUUAUUUUUGAAACGUAAUUAGAUGGCAUUUUAUCAAUAUAUUUGAUCCAUAUUUUCUAUUCAUUAUUAUUUGAGAGCUGUCGAUGAAAUAAUAAUGUGGGUGUUCUUAUAAAAUUAAAAGGUUUCAAAAAUUUUAACAAUAAAUAAAUAUAAGAUGAAUUACAUUUUCCACCCCAACAUAUACACAAUAUAUAUUUUUUUUCUCUACAAAUUUAGUAUCUUUCCAUCAUGUACAAGACCAUGACGUAUGGAAAUGUUACAUUGUCUUGAUAAAUUUAGAUAAAUCCUGAAAAUGGACAAAAUUGUAAGAAAAUUGAUUUAUGCAUCAAUUCCCACACUUUACACUUUUCGGCUAACAACAUAAUGAAAAUACGAAUUUGUACUUCCACCCUCUCACAUGGCAUUAGGCCAAAUGGUGUGCAACGCUCUUGUGUGUGGUCCAUUCCCAACCACCGUUCAGUUCCGAAUUUGUCCAUAUACACAUCAUUUUCCUUUCAAUUCUUAGCUAUAUAAAUAUUUAUUUUUAAAAAAAAACCUUGUUCCAAAUCAAAAUAUUAGUUCAUAUGAUUUAAUUUGUCGGACUGAAAGAACACAAUAAAAUGAAUUGUUCAUGUGACGUGAGAGUAAAACAUAGUUUGAACUGAAUAAUCUUAUUUGUUUGUUAACUAUAUAUGGAUCAUAUCCACAUCCAUCAACUCCAUCUAUCCCUUAAUAACAGUCAAUCUUCUAAAAACUAAACGAACUAAUUACUGUUAGAAUUUCGACAGUCAUUAUGGGACGGUGAAAAUAUAUAAUUUCAAUUACCAAAUUUUAUUUUAGACGUUACACUAUAUCACUUCAGUGAUGAUCCAGUUUAUAUAAAAUAGUCGUAAAAAUUAGAGGAAUGCAGCGAAAAUGAUCGGGUUUUUUUUUUGCUGCAAAGGAAAAUGAUCGGUUUUUUUUUUUGUUUGUUGUAAUCAGGGAGUUAUAUUGUUGACACUGACCACAUCACUUCCAAGUAUGAGACCUCCUCCAUGCCCUCAAGCCUCUGACCCAAGGAAGCAGCAAUGCAUUGAGGCCAACGGCGGCCAGCUCGCAAUGCUCUACAUUUCUCUCUACACCAUAGCCUUAGGCGGUGGAGGGAUCAAAUCGAACGUUUCGGGUUUCGGGUCGGACCAAUUCGACACAUCGAACCCAGUGGAGGAGAAAAAAAUGGUGUAUUUCUUCAACAGGUUCUACUUCUGCAUCAGCAUGGGAUCACUCUUUGCUGUCACAGUUUUGGUUUACAUUCAAGACAAUGUUGGAAGAGGGUAUGGGUAUGGUAUAUCAGCUGGAACAAUGGUGAUUGCAGUUACUGUUUUGCUCUGUGGGAGAAGUUUGUAUAGGUACAAGAAUCCUCAGGGGAGCCCAUUAACUGUCAUUUACAGAGUUGUUUUAUUGGCUUUCAAGAAGAAGAAUCUCCCUCUUCCUGCAAAGCCAAGUAUGUUGAAUGGUUUCCAUGAUUCAAGAGUUCCACACACAGAAAUAUUCAGGUGGAUUGAAAAGGCAGCCAUACUCGAGGAAGACGGCGAUUCGGCCGCGAAAGAAAGCCAGAAGAACAAUAGUUGGAGAGUUUCAACUGUGACAGAAGUAGAAGAAGUGAAGAUGGUACUAAAGCUGAUGCCAAUUUGGGCAACAUCUAUACUCUUCUGGACAGUGUAUUCUCAGAUGAAUACCUUCACCAUUGAGCAAGCCACCUUCAUGGACCGAAAACUCGGAAACUUUAAUGUUCCAGCAGGAUCAAUGUCCUUCUUCCUGUUCAUCACAAUUAUCCUGUUUACAUCCCUGAAUGAGAGAGUUGUCGUCCCAAUCGCGCGAAAAUUCACGCACAACGUUAAGGGAAUCACGAGCUUGCAGCGCGCCGGGAUUGGACUAAUAUUCUCAAUUGUUGGUAUGUUGGCAGCAGGAAUUGUGGAGAAGAAAAGAAGGGAAGUCUACAUUGCUGAUCAGCCUCCUAAAAAACUCAGUGCAUUCUGGUUAGUCCCUCAGUUCUUCCUUGUCGGUGCAGGGGAAGCGUUCGCCUAUGUCGGCCAGCUCGAGUUUUUCAUCAGGGAGGCGCCGGAAAGGAUGAAAUCCUUGAGUACAGGACUGUUUCUCACAACCCUUUCAAUGGGGUAUUUCUUGAGCAGCUUGCUGGUUACUUUGGUGAACAAGGUGACAAGAAGUUGGCUUAGGAGCAAUCUCAACAGAGCUAAGCUGGAGAAUUUUUAUUGGAUGUUGGCUAUCAUGGGAGUGGUGAACUUCAUGGCUUUUCUUUUCUUUGCAAUGAGGCAUCAAUAUAAGGUGCAAAAUUAUUAUGGUCCUAAUAAUAAUGGACAACAACAGGAGUUAGAGAAUUGGAAAGAAGACACAUCUGAGUUAAAAGAAAGUAAAAUAGAUAUAGGCUUGCAAGAAUAGGACUUUUUUAGAAAUUCUUUUGGGACGCUUGAUAGAACCAGUGUGGUUAACUGGUUCAAUAGUGUGAUAUCGAGCAGUUAGUACUUUAUGGGUCGUUUUGAUGAUCCAUAAGUGUGGUCUGCUGUUAUGUAAAGAAAAAUUUAAACUUCAGGAUUGUUGUUAUUGAAUUAGCCUAAAAGUGUGUUGAGAAAGGUUUCUUCAUUGAAUUGAUGUGAAUGUAAUUUUUUGCAACUCACAAUCGAGCACAUUUUUUGUAAAAUAUAAAUUUCACCAUUGGUCUACUCUGCU